AUGGCAACGUACGCAAUCCUGGGUGCAACUGGCAAUUGUGGCACUGCACUCAUCCAAAAUCUUCUGGCGUCGCCAUUGGCAGCCAAAAUCAACGCCUACUGUCGCAACAAGGCUAAGCUCAUCCGCUUGGUUCCGGAAAUACUGGAUAGCAAGUCACUCGAGAUAUUUGAGGGCAACAUCCAAGACGUGGGCCUCAUCGCAUCAUGCAUCAAAGACACCGAUGCUGUUUUUAUGGUGGUCACAACGAACGACAACAUCCCCGGCUGUAGCCUUGGUCAAGAUCAAGCGAAGAGCGUGAUUGCUGCCUUAGAAAAGCUGAAGAAGGAAUCACCACCGGGAAUGAAGGUUCCCAGACUGAUCUUGCUCUCCUCGGCCACAAUCGAUGAUCAUCUCGCCAGAAAAAUGCCUUGGUGGUUUCGACCGGUGAUGCUCACAGCAGCAUCACAUGUCUACAAAGACCUGGAAAUUACUGAACAGUACCUUCGGGCCCAAAGUGACUGGGUUUCAACUGUAUUUAUCAAGCCAGGUGGCCUGUCCGUCGACAUACAGCGUGGACACAAGCUGAACUUUGACGAUGAAGAGAGUUUUAUCUCAUACCUGGAUUUGGCAGCGGCAAUGAUCGAAGCAGCGGAAGACAGGGAGGGCAUAUAUGACAUGAAGAAUGUCAGCGUGACCAAUGCCAAUGGGGCAGCGAAGUUCCCACCAGGAACUCCAAAGUGUAUAUUGAUGGGGCUGUUGAGGCACUUCUUUCCUUUCCUGCAUUCGUACCUGCCAAGUACUGGGCCAUCGGCCUAG